UUAAUAUAACCUUUAAACGCAUAUAGGAUAAAAUUAUAAAUAUCUAGUUCAAUCUGUUACAUGAUUUCACAAUUAUUAUUCCUAUGGUGUACUACUUUGGUAGUCUUCCAUCAAUAUGUGUAUGGAUUUACACCAAACUCCCGAAGUAAGAUUGAAGUGAUAAAUACGCCCAAAUGGAAACAUAAUAAGCAUGGAACCCAUCAAAUAGAUGGAUCAAAUAAUCAAAUUAAGCUACCACUUUUGGCGAAGUCAUCAGCUAAUGAUUAUCUACCGGGUAGCACUGAUCAAUAUGUAGAAGAUGGAAUUGCUUACAAAAGGUUCUCUCCUCUACAUGAUGGUGUUUCGCCGCCAUCAGCUCACGACCCUGCAUUGGGUGAAGCGGUAAAAUAUUUUAAAGAAGUGGAUUGCUCCGGCGAAUCUUCUUCAGGUGUGUCCUACAAGGAUAUAACAACCAUCCCAUACGAUGAAAUGCAGUUGGCGUUUUUCCAAGGUGAUGAUGUCAUUGACGUUGUAUUGCAAAACGCUAAAGAUUCUAUAAAUAUUGCUUGUGAAAAUAUUUUUCAAUAUCACAAAUCAAGAAGUUUUGCAGGUAUUACCAACGAAUCGGAUCGUAAUGCUGCCAGUGCUAUAAGAUCCAUUAGGUGCCUUGUUUAUUAUAUUGGCGGCCGUAUAUUGAAUAGUGCAAAGCGUGCUAUGUCACGAUUGGAACGUCAUGAAGACGGCAAGACAUCUGAAAUCGAAACUGCUCGACGCAGCAUUGAAGGAAGGAUACGUCGUAUGGUUCUUGACUUAUUAAGGCACUGGGAAGAGUUAGUGAAUCCUAAGCAAUUUGACCCUUUUAUCAAAAAAUAUCCUGCUUUAAAUAACGUUAAGUCACCUGAGGAGUAUGUUGCUAAGGUGUGGGACUAUCUCAAUACGAAUGCUUUCGGCUCUGAGCUUCCUGAGUUUGUUGAUAUGCGUUUCAGCUGGUAUGAUAUUUUCAACGCUGACAAUACGGUUAUCGACAAUGGUACUCAAGAGAUGUUCCGUUUAACUAAUAAGGAUGAUGUCGCAUUCCCAUGUAUUGCAUAUCCCAAAGACUUUAUAGGUUAUGGUGGAGCUCUUGGCAAUUGUAUAUUUAGGUCAAUGUUGAAGUUGUAUUGUGAUAUGUACGGUCCAAGGUUCAUGGGUGAAGAUUUUGCAUCGUCAGCUAUUGAAGCUAUGAAGUUUAUAGAGUCGGAUGCUGCUAGUCACGACAAUGUCGGUUUUAGCUGUAUCCAGCAAGACGUUAUUGGAAUAGACCCUGACCUGUCUAGUAUAUUACCUAACUUAAAUGCAGUAAAACCUCUGCGUAAUGCAGACUUUGAUAUUAAUGACACCACAGACGUGUUUCCUGAGGUGCAUCAAGUCUCUUAUUUUAAGAAUCGCAUAUGUUUAGGUGACCUCUUGUUCGCUGUCAAGGAUAGAAAAACAGCCUUAGAAUUAUUUGAUAUAUCAUUCAGACUUAGGUCAAUAGAAUCGCUAUCCAUUAUUGAUGAGCAGAUAAAAAGGUCGAAUAUCGAUGUUACUGCAGGAUUAGUUGUCAACCCCAACGCUGCUAACAUAUCGGAAGAUAUUGAUUCUACGGAUGCUGUCGCUGUAUCGAAUACAUCUAACACUAAUGAAACCAAGGCGGUUAAUUCAUCAACCAAAUUAGACAUCCAAGGCCCGAAGGAUCGCAUGAAAAUAGAUUCAGCGUAUUACGCCUGGUCUCGAGACAAAGAGGGACAUCUUACGAUACCGAUAAAGGAUAUUCAACGUAGUUUGUUGAACGCCGAUUUAGAUAAAUUUGGCAACUUGUUAUCAUUAGGGAUGAACGAGUUGUUAUCGCUUAAGCCGUUGCAACUGAAUACUAUACAGAACAGGAUAGUUUCAUUAUGCGUUGAUACUCUUAAUUGUAUACGCGGAUUUGAUGCCUACGCUGUCAAUUUUUCAUUGACCCCUGAUGACCUCAUCAAGCAAAAAACAACUGGACUUGUGGCAAAAUCCAAUACUACCAUAAUCCAAUGCAUAUUGUUUCUUUAUAAGCUAAUUGGCCGGUGCUUAUCUCACAACGGCUUCCAUCCUUUGGAUAAUACAUUUUUACGUAAACGUCCUCUUGAAUUACUAAUACGUGAAAUAAAUCCUGUUGGAUUGAAGGAAGAAGCUUCAAUGGACCCUACCAGCUUUGGUGCUGCCUCUGUUAAGGAGGAGUCUAAAAUGCAACCCGUACCAUUCCCGGUUGAAUAUUUAAAUGAGAACGUUGCGCCAGAUGACUCUGCUGCAAUUCAAUUUUUAGUGAACUACUACAAUUUCAACCUUUUUGGUGGGCGCCUUCCUAUAGACCUGAAGGUUAUAUUCAAUCCAGAAGCUGGUGACGACUACCUUUCAUCGCAUGUAGACUGCCCCAAUACUAUGUCUGUUCCGGUUAUUAUGCUUAACCCAUUAGUUAUAAAAAGCAAGCCUUUAGUUGCCCGUUUGAUACUAGAAGAGUGUUUUCACUUAUUUAUCAGGACGUGCUGCAGCUACAAGACAGACUUCGGUGGUAAGGGGCAAGCUUUAUUAACUGAUGUUAUCGAAUCCGAUAUACCUCGUCGUACUCGACAGCACAUUGCCAAUUGCAUUGAAACAUCUGGUGAUUGGCCAUUCUUUUUUGACGAUCUGCAUGACAUGGCUUUAUGGGAGCAAACUGGUUUAAAGGGCAAAAAGUUCAAUAUUCCACUGCGUACUACAAGCCUAAAUACAAUUUAUAGGUCUCUAUUAGAACACGAAAAGAAUAUAAUUAACACAAUGGAACAAUUGAUACUACGUACUAAAAUAGCAGACUUAUGGGAGCACCAAAUACUACCUAUUAGGCAUUUUAUUAAUGCAGUUCAAAGUGGAGACUAUGACCUUGUUUAUACAAUUAUCAAUAACCCUAGUUCCGUUGGUGCAUUAUCUCAUUUACGGAUUAACGACAUUAACAUCAUUGAGAAUAAGUUCAAAGAUGCAUUAACAAUUUCGCAACGCCUAGACGACGAAAGGGGGCAGGUGUUAAGCAGUGACCGGAAGCAAAUGAACGCAUUAGUUAAUGUUGAAUUCUUCAAGGUCGUAGAAUGCGCUUUUGAUGAGCUACGUGAACAGGCAACAAAGCAUGGACUUAUAUCAGCUUCUGAUUUAACUGAAGGUAUAACAGAAGCUACAAACAACCUUGCACGCUGCCAGCCGGAAGAAGCUGCUCAACAGCAAUGCAAUCUUGAUUACACAAUUAUUGGCGUUAACAACUGCGGUCUACCAGCUGAAUUACGACGCAACAACAAGGAUGAUGAAAUAGUGAAUCAAUAUAUGGACUCUGGCAACAUAGGCGAUGAUAAGAAGGAAGUCGAAGCUACCCCUGCUGCUGAAGCACCGCCAAGUGAGACACAAAAGGAUGUUUCUAAAGAACCCGUCGAUUCUGACACUGUAGUUCACGCCUGCAGUGUAGAUAUACACAAGGAUAAAUAUACGUUAAACCGUGAGGAAAGGUCGCUAUUCACGGAAGCAGUGUAUCGGGUAUAUAAUCGCAGCUUGUUUAAUGAUAGUCUUCCAUCUAAUGUGCGUAUUGAAUUUGUCGAUGAGGUGAAUGACCUGUCAGUGCUGGUUGAAUGUAUGCAUACUACAUCUCCACCAACUAUCAAGAUAAACAAUAUGUUAUGGAAUGCUAAAUUACUGUUCCUUCAGAUGAUGGUCCAAAUGGUUAACUUAUCGUUCAGCACUACUACCCAUAAUGUCGAGAUGGAUUGUCUUAAGAUUUUUGGAUUACCGUAUAAAAGUUCGUUUCAAAGAUUCCACGCCAAGCAACAGCAAUUGAUUAAAAGUCGAUUGCUUCCACUGAGUCGGGAGGCUCGUUUGAAGGCAAAAUCAUCUGGCAAAGGAGAUGCUAAUGAUAAGUUCAUUAAUUCACUAAAGAAGGCAUCUGACGUUCGACCGGCUGGUGGAAGUGGUAAUAGUCUAUUGGAUAUGGAGAUUGAUGAGUUCGUUGACGAGAUUUUGGAGGGACGUUCGAAGAUCCACUUACCGUCCAAAGAUGCGAAAUUAUGCAAUCCAUUUGAGGAAUACCAGGCGUUGAAAUCAUUUGCCAAGCAUUUUGUCAACUGGAAAAUAACGAAGAACGACUACCAGGAGGCUAGCAAGGUAGAUCCCACGGGAACCUCUGCUAUAGGAGAACGUAUUUUACAGAUGGCGCACAAUGCAUUAUUUCGUACAGUUUGGUGCAAGCAUAAAUUUGACCAGAUAGAAAAGGGAUUGAAAAAAAUGGGUAUGGAUAUGCCUUUAUCAGUUCCAUUAACAUUGAAUUGGCAGGUGAUGUUGAAUGAAGAUCAGCAGUAUCUCAUGAUGAAGUAUUUAAGUCUCAAUGCAAAGGAGAGUGACACUGUAUUUACAAUGCUGGUCAAUAGUGGCGCUUGCUCUCGGGAGGAUGCAUGUUCACUUUUGGUCAAAUUGACUGACCCGCAUUUGAAAUUGGAGCCUUAUCCUUCGGAAUCAGAGGAUCAUAGUCUUGAAUCUACCACAGAAUCUGUACCUGUAAACCGACACGAUGCUAGUGAAAGAGCCAUGGAAGGACAGAUUAAUGAUGCAUCGUUCGCGCAGCAGUUGGAGACUCUUACCAAGUCAUUGGAACCCGAUAUUGCGGAGACUGUGCAUCUACUGGUUGACAAACUAGUUCACAGAAACUACUCAGACGCUAUGGGAAUCUUAAGUUGCAAUCCCAAACGACACUAUCUCAAGGAAACGGUCAUCAAGUAUCUCGAUGUGAUACGGGAAAAUGGUGUCAUAAAAGAACGACACUACAUAGAGAUUCUUGAGUUCCUGCGUAACUAAUGGUGAAAUGUAUUUGAUGUUGCAGGUUAACGCUAAAAGUUAUAUUUGACAUAAUAUGCUAUGGACUCUA